AUAGUGGCGGCGUUUGAUGCUCCAAUGUUGCUGGUGUGGACUUAUUGUGAAUUAUACAGCCGAUGCAUUAAAAAGAGUUCCCUUUCCAUGUCUGUGUGUGUUUAAAGGAGAUGUUUGGUAAUGAUCGAAUAUAUAUAAUUUUUUUCUUUAAUUUUUUAACAUAAUGGUAUUUCUGUGCACGAAUUAGUUGGUUAGCUAAACUAUCCUGAAAAUGUCAACUUCAUCAAUUGGAAAAUAAAAGGUAUUUACAAAUUGUAUACAAUCAUCGUGCGUGAUGUUUUCAAAUUCUAAGCUUCACUCCGAUGUUAGAGAGUUUCACAAGGAAAAAUCAGCUCACAGGGCACAUAGUACUUCUAAAGUAAAACAAUGUUCAACUUUAUUUCACCCUCAACAUUAAUGCUUUGAUUAAAUGUGCUGCUGCUCCCAAUCAAAGAAUUGUUUGAGUCAUCACCCUAGCCUUCAAAUGUAGUUCUUCUCAUUAAUCUAAUUAAUUUCACCCUUCCUCCCUUCUGACACCUUCACUUUUUUGUCUUCUAUUCGGUGACCAAGAAGCUGACAGGUAGAAUUUAGAAUCAUUUUGCAAUUUUUUUAAUUUAUUUUUGUUCUCUCCCCCUACAAUGGCUACCUAAUGGUAAAAUAAAAAUCCAAACUGGAUUGUAAGCUUAGCAAAGCUGCAACUUGAUUAAUAGGUGAACUGUCAUCCCCUUUCCUUGUACUCGCACCUUCAUUAGUCUGAAUCCCCCCAUCUCCUGGGCCCUAGCACAUGGUUCCUAUGUUGAGGCAUUUAAUUUAUUAGUAUCUAUCAUCGUUCGUGCAACUUGUUUGAUCAAAAUUCUCCUAAAUACAUUAAAAGAGGCACUUUUACUUGUGCAGUUUUAUGUCUUUGUUUCCCUUGUUUGAUCAUCUUUAGAGAACAAAAAACUUCAUUUGAUCAUUUUCUGCAGUACCCUCAGGAAGGAUCAACAGUGGUGACAGUGUUGCCAUCUCUCUUAUAUUCUGUUAUUCAUCGCACCAAGAUUCAUCAUCACAGAGUAAGCCACAUGCUUUCCAACCUUUUUGGCACAAACAUGAGCCACAUUUACCUUAGAUGUCAACAUAAAGAAACCAUAAACAAAGAUUGCAUAUGAAUUCAAAUUCUUAAUGUCCCAAACAUGGGAAUUUCUCUGCUCUUGGCAGAGAUCUCAUUAAAGAUGCCUGUUCCACAGUUAAUUUACAGAGGUUCGUCUAAAUAAACUCUCUCUAAUGGUGUUACCAAAAUGGCAAAAACUCCCUGAUGUGACCUCCUGGUUGCACCGGAUCUGGUCCCUCAAGGAUCAACUAGUGCUAGUUUAAACUAAACUACAUGGGGAGUUCAACAAACAUGAAACAUAGACCAUGGCUCUUAAUUUACAGUGAAAUUAAUCAGGAUGGACACUAAUAUUCCACUAAUCCAACAAACAUUACUGUGUUUAAAUAAUCAGUACAGCCAUCAUGGCAUCAUAUAUAGAGGUGCCUAGUAUGUUGCAAAGGGAGACAAACUGGAUAAAACAUGCCUUGUUUCCAUUUUGUAUGUCGUCUACUUGUCCUUAAGGUCCAGUUUUUGCUUUGGGGAUGAAAUUCAUAUAGGAAUAGCAUAAGACACUGGCAAAAAAUAAAAGGAAUGGACAAGGUGGGGGCAGUGUUUCCUUUGUCACUUGUUAGAUCAAUUUUGAGAAGCCACUAUUGGGUUUAACAGUUUCACCGCCGAAACUGUAAUUCUAGAUGUAUGUCUUUAAAUUUAGAAAUCUCUUACCCUGACAACUCAUAUGUGCCAACUCUCAUUAAGGAGGAAAAUUGUCCCACAUAUAGUUGCUGAUUACCUUCAAAAGUUCAGCUAGAAAUUGUCUCAAGCAAACUAGUUUUUCAGGAACAAAAAUCAAGAGAAAAAACUAUUGAGAAAAGAUAAGCACAAGCAAAGCCAUAAUGUUUGAGGUUUAACUUAUCAAUUAGUGACUCCUUACCACAAACAAUGAAUCAUGGGAGUUAAUAUGAAACCAUAACACUUCACUUUCCUGCCUAUCUACCUUGCCUAGCAAGCCAGCAUCUGUAAUCCCAUUUCAUCAAUCAUUUCCACAUCCACAUCAAAUGAAAGAUCAAAGUCAUCAGACACAAGGUUCACCUGCCAACCUGGAUUUCACACUCCCAGCCCACCUAAUCUCAUUUCCUACCUCACAUCUCCAUGAGCUCUAUAAAAUCCUCUCUCUCCUGUACCAUCAGGCACACACAUCAAAAGCUACUCUGCCUUCACCUCUCAAAGCCCAAGUAAAAUCACAUUGAACACUACACUAACAAAAGACAUGGAAAACCACCUGUUCUCCACUUCUUCAUUGAUAUUGAUCACCACUCUCUACCUCUCAACAACCCAGGCUCAGUCUCAGGCUCCAUCCCCAGCACCUGUAUUUUCAGCACCUCCAACUCCAUUGCCCCCAACUCCAGCACCCCUGGCUCCAUCACCUCUGUCUGUAACACCUCUGUCUCCAGCACCACCAGGCCCGACAAAUAUUGUAGCAAUCCUCAAUAAAUCUGGCAUGUUUUCUGCCCUAAUCCGACUACUCAAAACUACACAAGUGGAUGAUCGAAUUACGUCACUGCUCAGUGACUCAAAAGGAGGCCUUACACUGUUUGCACCAACUGACAAAGCCUUUGCCAACCUCAAAUCUGGCACUCUAAACUCCCUCGAUGAUCGGCAACAGGUCCAGCUGAUCUUAUACCAUAUACUAACUUCAUAUGUUCCUAUCUCCCAGUUUGAAGCUGCUAGCAACCCACUUCACACACAGGCAGGUGACACUGCCAAUGGCGAGUAUCCUCUCAAUGUCACCACUGCUGGCAAUCAGAUCACCCUAAUGACAGGCCUUGUUAACACAAAGGUAACUAAGACAGUUUAUACAGAUGGCCAACUUGCUGUGUACCAGGUGGAUGAUGUGCUUCUUCCAAUCCGUAUCUUUGCCCCAUUACCACCUGCUCCUGCACCAUCUAAGCACAAGAAGGCAGCAGCGGAAGGUCCUUCAACUCCUUUAAGUUCUUCAGAUUCUACCACGGGAGGCACUUCAGUUGUUCCUUCUGGUGCAGUGGCUUUGAUCUGGCAUUCAUUUGUUUGGUUUGGAGGAAUAGUAAUAGUAGCAGUAGUUUCAUUGUGAUUGUGAUUGUGCAACAGAUGUCCUGCAACGAUUUUCAUUUUUUUUUUUCCCGUUUGUAUUUUCAAUAAGAUGUUUGGUGCUGAGAAACAAGAAUGUCAAGGUUUUUUUUCUCUUUUUUUGUAUUUUAUUUUUUAAAUAUCAAGGCAUUUUGGUGUGCCUUCUUGCCAGUUAAACCAUUCUUCAAAUACCUUACCAAAUUCAGAAAUUGAGCCAUCAACAAAUUAAGUACCAUGCUUCCACUAUUAAAAGUCUCUUAGAUGAUGCUUCACUAUUCAUUUUUUUUUUAAUUAUGGCUGCUUUUAACUAUUUCGGGUACUCUUUUUUUGCCCC